AUGAAAGAUGGUGGUGGCGAGCCGAGCCCGAGCAGCGGCCACGCUCGCUUGUGCUCGGGCUCGGCUCGAGCGAGCCGAGCCGAGCAGCGCGGGACGCUCAGCGCUCGCUCGCUGAGCCGAGCCCGAGCAGCAGCGACGUCGUCGCUCGCUUCGCUCGAGCCGAGCCCGAGCCUCGAGGAAGCAGCGACGCUCGGUGCUCGCUCGCUCGAAGCCGAGCCCGAGCAGCCGACGCUCGCCCGCUGCCCCUUCAGUGAGCAGCCGGCGACGCUCGCCGCUUCCGUCGCUCGAGCCGAGCCCGAGCUCGGAGCAACAGCGACGUCGUCGCUCUGCUCGCUGAGCCGAGCCGAGCUCGAGCAAGAGCGACGCGUCGGCUCGCUCGCUGAGCCGAGCCCGAGCUCGAGCGCUGCGACGCUGGCUGCUUUCGCUGGGCGAAGCCGAGCCCGGCAGCAGCCGACGCGUCGCUCGCUCUUCGAGCCGAGCCCGAGCUCGAGCAACAGCGAGCAGCUCGCUCGCUCGAGCCGAGCCCGAGCAGUGCCGCUCGCCGCUUCGCCGCUCCGAGCCGAGCCCGAGCAGAUAAGCUCGCUGCUCCGCUCGCUGAGCCGAGCCCGAGCAGCCAGCGAAGCUCAUUGCCGCUCGCUCGAGCCGAGCCCGAGCAGGCAGGGCUAUUCGCUGCUCGCUCGCUCGCCCGAGAUCUCGAGCGAGCACGAGCCGCUGUCGCAGAUCCUGGGAGUAACGCUCGCCCGCAUCUGCGAGACUCGCCGAGCAAGCGGGUCGCAGAUCCGGGCAAGCGAUUCCUCGAGCGAGCCCUAA